AGAUAAUUCUUUUUUGAAAAAUGAGCGGAGACGCAGGAUCGCUAAAACGAAGUAUAGAGGGAUGGAGAGAGAUCGUUAUUCUCACGGACUCAGUCCUCUCAUGGGAAAAGGAGUGGUAUCCUGCUGUUACAUCAGGAACCUUAAGCGUUUUCUUCCUUAUCAUCUGGACUCAGGAUCCGAAUAUGCUGACCCUGCUGUCUAUGAUUGGCCUGCUGGUCACCCUGCUGGACUACGCGGUCCCAAGGAUACAGGCUAAACUGUUCCCGGAGAACUCCUGGAGUCCGGAGAAGGAGAGGAAACUAGAAAAUAUCUGCCAGGAGCUGAUGUUUGUGCGAACUGGCCUAGGACGGGUUUGUGAGCGUAUCUCCGUGUUCAAGGAGAGCUCACCUCUCAUGUAUCUCUCCGGAGUAGUGGUCUCCUUGUACCUUGUAUCCUACCUCGGAGCACUCUUCUCUGGAUUCUUCGUGUCCUACCUCUUCCUCAUCACCCUCUGCAUGUUGCCCGGACUCUACAGGCGUGGACUUCUUGCUAAAUACUGUGGUGGGAUCAUCCUCAAGAUUGGAGAGUUUGUAAAAGCUAAGAAGUUGGAGUAGAGCAGAGAACCACGGAAUGAGUUCAGAAACUCAAGUAGAAUCUUUAGUAGAGCUCAGAAUCCAUCAAUGAUAAAUUAAUCUAGUUAUAUAUCGUACAAAUUAAGCUUAGUGUAGGUAUCCAAGGGCGAUACCAGAGCUGGGAAUUUUUAAAUGGAUUGAUAAGUUUAAUUCAUUCUCUCCUCAUAGGUUAAUUAUUUAUCUCUCUCUGGUUGACAAAUGAAAGAUUAGUUAUUCUUCCCGCGAGUAGAGGUGUUAAAAUUACUCGUUCAUUUAAAAGUUCCCCUCUAACCAUAAUGAUCUCAUAUUACUGUAAUAAUCUAAUCAUAUUCUAUUCCACUUAAUCCAUUGACAGAGUUUAAUCUUUCAUUUUAUGAUUCCAGUGAAAAAAUAUUAUGCCAAAUAUCAUUUAUUUUAUAAUCAUUUUUCGGUGUAU